GAUUCUCAUCUCCGUCGCUCUCACAUAUAGCCAUGACUGAAGAGCAGAUGCGCACACUAAUAGUCCCCUUCAGCAGGCGCACGCCAAUACGUAGUGUUUGGCCGUCGAUAGUCGAGGUUUUGACAAAACAAUUGAAGCUGAUGGUCUGUCUGUCCACCCGUUCCAAGGCAUGGAAGGUGUUUAUCAAGCCGUCCCCGGAAACAAAGGAUCCCCUGUACCUCCAGAAGGGAUACGACUUUGUGAACGCUUUCCUCAAAGGUUUCAAGUAUGAAGAUGCUUUGGCUGUCGUACGAAUAGAUGGCAUUUACGUCGAAAGUUUCCAUAUAAUGGACGUCAAGCAGACAUUGAAGGGUGAUCAUAUGGCCAGAGCGAUCGGUCGUAUUUGCGGUGCAAAAGGUCGCAUACGCAUGUGUGUGGAGAACGCGACACGCACCAGGAUCGUGGUCGCAGACGAGGUUAUUCAUAUUCUGGGCACUAACGAGCGGAUAGCUGUGGCCCGCCGUGCAAUCUGUGAUCUCAUCUUGGGUGCACCACCCAACAAGAUAUUUGGCAAGAUUAGCACCCAUGCAGCUCGUCUGGAUGCGGCCUUGUAAAUCCCGAACAACUUCACCAUCUGCAGAUAAACACGCCCCCAGAUGAUUUUCCUUUGUACAUUUCAUUGAUACCAGGAAAAUGCUACUGAACACUGGCGAUAUUUCGUUUUCGAUGAUAAAUCGCUGUGGGUCUUCGUUCUGUAGACGGUUAUCCUAAUUAACCUUUGACUUCACCUUUGACUUUUUUAGGGUUCCCGGCCCAAAGCUGUUGGGAAUCGUUUAUCAGAUAUGCGUGGUCCAGCUGCCGCAACAAGUGAUCUUGUCGGGUGACCGUGCCGACUGUGUGUUGGAUCUUAU